AUGUCUGUCGGAAAAUGGCGAUCUUUGUUGUGUGAUUUUAAUCAGCUGCAGCUCAAAGCCACCCUUCUGGGAGGCCAAAGCUUUCGCUGGAAAAAUCAUAAACCAAUCGAACCGGGACAAAAUGAUCCCGAAUUUAUCGGUGUGUUUGCAAACAUUGUUUGGAUACUGCGUCAGACGGAGCGGGAACUGCAGUACCAAAUAGUGGCCGAGCAACCGUACCCAAACGCCAACAAUAAGGACGUUACAAAAUCAUCCGUACCUGUUGAAACUAUCAACAUGACAAAAAACCUCGCACAAGUGCGCCUGAAGAUAGCAGAACCGAUGGAGUAUACAACAGAAGGGGAUUUACUGUAUCCCGCGUCGUAUUACGAGCAGCUGUUGCGAAUCUACUUCCGUCUUGAAGUAGACCUCGAGGAGCACUACCGGCAGUGGAUCAAAUGUCACAAACAUUUCGCAGACAGCGCUUCCAAGUUCUACGCCGUGCGACAGCUGGAUCAAGAUCCAGUCGAGAAUCUGUUCAGUUUCAUUUGCUCGCAAAACAACCAAAUUUCCCGCAUUUCCGAAAUGGUGGAAAAGUUGUGCAGAAACUAUGGCGAUAAAAUAUGCGACUACGAAGGUACCUGCUACCACAGCUUCCCUUCGGUGGCUGCACUCGCCAAAGAGCCCGUGGAAGAACAACUGCGUAAGCUCGGAUUUGGUUACCGCUCGAAGUACAUCCAGCGAUCAGCGGAGAAAAUCCUUCAGCUGGGCGAUCUCGAAUGGUUUCAGCGACUGUGCCAGCUCGACUACAAAGCGGCCCAUGCGGAACUGCUGGCCCUGCCCGGCAUCGGUGCUAAGGUGGCCGAUUGCAUUUGUUUGAUGUCGCUCGGUCACCUGCAGGCCAUUCCCGUCGAUACGCACGUGAUUCAGCUGGCAAAGCACUAUCUGCCGCCGUUGGAAAAACCGCGGAACUUAACCGACCGGAAGUACGCGUUAGUGGCGGACAAGUUUCGCGAAAUCUACGGCUCUUACGCCGGCUGGGCGCAGACCGUGCUAUUCUGCUCCGAUCUUCGCCAGUUCCGGGAACGAAACGAGGACAAGCAGGAAAAAUCGAAACCCAAGAAAAAACGCAAAAACAUCGACUAGUGUGGACAUGAAAUGACACAUC